GCUUUUUCAAUGAGAUCAGCGAGUGCAGGAUUAAAUAAUGAAUUUAGGUGAUGGCCUGAUGUUUGAACUUGUGAAUGGAAAGCCCAAGCUUGUGUUAUCCCAUAGUGGUGAGUCCAAGCCCUCCAUUAAAAUGGGGUUUUGUCAGGUACCUCAGAAGGGCAAAGCACUAAAAGCCACAGUCAGCUCAAAGCAGCAUCCCAAAGAAGCAGAAAAGCCACAACGGGACAAGAAGUGCCGAGACCAAGGUGAUCAGGGGACUUCACUUAUCACUAGAAAGACCAAGGUAAAGAGCAGGACUGAUCACGGCAGUGUCAUGGUGAGAGGGCAGUCAGAGAGCAAAACCAAAAGCACUGACGAUUCCUCCAGUGCCACAGAAAAGACUGUAAAGGAGAACGUGGUGUGUUUAACUCAAGAGCAACUUGAGCAGAUCAUCAACAACAUCAAAGCAUCAGGACAAAAUGCUCCAGACACAACAGUCCACAUUCAGAAUGGAGGACCAACAGGAGACAAUUGUACUUCAAGUGAAAUGUUAAAUAGUGAAACAUCCAAGUUGUCUUUGGAAAGACAACAAUGCUCACAAAGAGAAGAAAAUGAGAAAAAACUAUUAGAUUCGACCCCGGCAGGUCUGUUCAGCAAUCUAGGAGAACGGGAACGGGGGAAAGAAGCUCUCAAAGCCAAAAGGGCAGAAUGGAGGAGAGAUCUAGAUGAGCAGAUGGCACUAAAGAAGCAACAGAAAGAGAAGGCACAGGUAUUACCUCAAACUGAGCAAUUUAAAGGACCUUCUGCUGGAUCAAGAGACCAGCUAUUGGGGGUGGAAGAGGACAGAAUUACAAGGACCAGCACAGCAAACGCAAACAACAAGCAGCCGUCUCACCAGAUGCACAACAACCCCAAAGCUCUUCCCUCUGCUAUCCGCUCUGCAUUUGUACUGGGGGAAGCUGCACCGCUGGAGCAUGCUUUUACUGAGGAAAAGAAGGAGGAGCAGAGACGCUGGUUACAGGAUUUAGAACAGCAGAGAGAAGAGGCCAAAAUGCGCAAGAAAAAAGAAAAACAAAGCCGGAACCAGGCUGAGGACCAUGAACGCUGGGCCAUGCACUUUGACUCCUUUCAGCGGCGUCUCCCUGUCCAGCCUCCUCCUACUCUUCCUAUUCCAGGUUUGGACAGAGGAGAGAACGAAAUGGGCAGCUCCCUCUCUCAUCAUCACUAUCCCUCUCGGCCUGUGUCCACGGCCUGGGAUAAUAUGAGCGCUUAUGGAGGGGACAGUAUAAGCAGAGCCAGUGUGGACACCACUCAGGGCUUUCAGCCAAGGUCCAGCUAUCUGCGAACAAUGACAGCACUGCUGGAUCCCGCACAAAUAGAAGAAAGAGAGAGAAAGCGGUUUAAACAACUUGAACAUCAGCGGGCGAUUGAGGCUCAGGUGGAAGAACGUAGGCGUCAGAAGGAGAAAGAAGAGGCGGCACGUCGGGCAUCGGAGCAAGAGGAGGAAAGGAGGGUAGCUCGAGAGAGGGAACUACUGCAGCAGCAGUACAUGAAGGACACACAAAUGCGGCGACAAAAAGAGGAGUUACAUUCACGAAAAACAGAGAAACUAUACCUGAGUGUGCAGAGAGCUCAAGAAGAAGCACAGAAAGAAAAACAUCUACAGAGAAUUAAAGAGAUGGCUAAGAAAGGCCAUGAUGUUACCAAGCUGUUACGAAGUCUGGAGGGCGAGUCUGUCUCACAAGCUUUAAGUCAAGAAUCUUUAAGUUUGGCCACAUUGGAAGCUGCAGCAGGGGAAGUGGAGGUUCCACACACAUCCAGAAAAGACACAGCAGUUCAGACAGAAACAGAGAUAAAUGCAGCAAUUCCUGGCACUGGCAUUCAACUUCCUCCCAAUAUGAAAAGAUCCAGACGUGAUGCCCAACCGGCCGAACGGAACACUGGAAAAGAGAACAUCUGCACUGCAACUACAGAAGCGGAUCCUUACGAACCCUUCACCCGAACAGACCGAAGUAACGGACAGAAGCUCUGCCGGAAACCACAGUGGAACACCCAAAGACCCAACAAGGCUUUUGUACCAGCGUCGGAGCGUUACCCCGCUACCUUGCAGAGACACAGACAGGAGAGCAGGAUGCGUAGACAGAUGGAGCUCAUGACUCUGGUGGAGAGGAACACAGUUUCCAGAACUGCUCAGCACUGUCCUUCACCUCCAUGCUUAGAGAACCAGUCUCACCAUCGACCCAUGAACUCGACUCAUCACAGGGGUGUGGAUUUGCAUCAAGCGCCAUCUACCACUACUACUCAUAGCAGAAUUCCGUCUCCACCCGUCCCUGCUGUAAGGCACAGACUCCAGCAGCCCCCUCCACCCCACACAGUAAAACGUGCCCAGAGUGCUGGCUGGCUUCCAUCUUCUGAUUACAUCCCCUACGUACGCACAGAUGAGGUUUACCAUCUGGAUCCUUGUGCACCGAUUUCCAGACCCACCACACAUGAAGCCCAACAGAAGUCGCGCGCAGAUGUAAACAGUAAUGGACACCCCACCUCUCUGGUGCAACGGGACCCCCUCUUACACCCCGAGCUGCUGAAGAGCACAGAGAGGCAGCAGGCCAUCCUCAAAGGCUUGUCUGAACUCAGACAGGGUCUUCUGCAGAAACAAAGAGAACUGGAGAGCAGCCUCAGCCCGUUACUGCAGGGGCAGAGUAGAACCCAGACGCCUACGUACCAGCCUAUGUGAGAGAACCCAGAAGAGCGUAACACAGCAGCAGCACUUUACUGUCCACAGUGAGCAGCACCGAGGACAGGAACAAGCUGGAAAGAUUCACUUCUACAAUCAGACGUGAAAUCUUUAUUUAGCUUGUGUAUGGAAUGUACUACAAAUCAGAAAAGCACUUUUUAUUAAAUAUGGUUGAUUUUAAACAGUA